CGGAUCCCUUCGCGCCGUCGCGCAGUGUGUAACUCGCUAGCCAAGCAGGGAGCAACCCGCGUGUUGCCGGCCGCGCUGACAUCGUCCGCCCCCCCCGCUUCUCUACGACGAAGAGACGAGUCGGAGAGCGCCAGACACUUCCCUAUCUCUCCUCCAGUCCAGACGCAGGUCAGCAGCCAUGGGCGCCGCCAUCAUGAAGAGCUGCUUCGCCGGGGAGCCCGCGGACGCCCCGCGCCGGCUCACGCACCACCGUCACCACCACCAAGUGCACGCCACAGCGCACCACCACCAUCACGAGGCGCGCCGCCGCCACGAGCAACCGUGCACGCGCACGCUGGCCAAGACCAUGCCGCCCUCGGCCGCGACUCCUCCGCUGCCGCAGCACACGCGCAGCCGCACAGACCGCCGCUCCGCCGCCUGCCUCGAGUCGCCCGACAAGGAGCUGCUGGCCAAGAAGAAGAAGACGCACGCGGACCGCCACGCGCUGGAGCUGGCGCACACGGCCGUGCGGCUGCAGCAGCUGGGCCAGGACGCGCCCAAGAAGAGCCUGGCCGGCUCCGUGUCCUCCGAGGCCGCCACCAUGUCCGAGAGCUCGUUCGUGGCCGACUCGCCGUCGCACGCCGCCAGCCCUGCGCGCGUCUGCCGCGCCAGUCCCACGGGCCGCUCGCCGUCUUCGGGCGCUGCCGCGGGCUUCCGCGCGCUGCUGCCUGACGAGUACGUGCUUGAGUGUGUGGCCGGCAAGGGCACGACCUCCACGUGCUACAAGUGCGUGCGCAAGACCGAUGGCCGACGCUUCGCUUGCAAGAUCAUCGAGAAGAGGAAACUGGCCCCGUCGGCCAGGAAGCGCAGGGAGGUGGCCGCCCAGCUGCGACGAGAGGUCGACGUGCUCCGGCGCGUGGACCACCCGCACAUCGCCAAGCUGGAGCAGGCCUUCGAGGACGACAACUACCUGAUUUUGAUCAUGGAGCUGCUGGAGGGCGGCGAGCUCUUUGACGCCAUUGUGGACAAGGGCCGCUUUUCGGAGCGUGAAGCUGUUCACGUGGCUCGCUGCGUGCUCUCGGCUAUCCAGCACAUGCACGAGCGUGGCGUCGUGCACCGCGACCUCAAGCCCGAGAACAUGCUGCUGGCGGUCUCACCACGCCGUCGGCGCGGCGCACUGGACGUCAAGAUCAUCGACUUCGGCUUCGCCAAGGUGCUCAGCGAGGGCGCGACGUCCACGUCCUUCCUGGGCACUGGGGGCUACUUGGCCCCUGAAAUUCUACUACGGCAGCCGUACGGCACUUCCGUGGACAUGUGGUCCUUCGGGGUGCUCACGUACUUGCUGCUGUGCGGCCGACUCCCGUUCGCAGCCACAACUCAACUGCGGCCCAACCAGAAGAUCCAAUCGCUGUACAAACUGACCUUCCCCAAGAGGUACUGGCACGGGGUGAGCCCCAUGGCCAUCGACUUCCUUCAACGCGUGCUGGUGCUAAACUCAUCUGCGCGGAUGACUGCCACUGAGGCGCUGAACCACCCGUGGCUCCGGUGCUGA